AUGGAUACAGAAGAAGCAUCAAUAAAUAAAAAGGAUCAUGCACAAACCGACGGUGUAGAUUCAUCAAACUUAAAGAGGAAAAGUGAUAGGUUCCUUGUAAGGAGUUUUAAGAGACUUAAACAAAAGUUACAAAGGAAGGAAGAUGAGGAGGAAGAGAAGGAAACACAAAAUGGAGAACACGAAAACGAACAGCCUGACAUGCAAACCAAUCUAUACGACCAUGUUCAUAUUUCGAACAAUUUCAAACAUAACAAAAAGAGUAAAAAAAUUAUAGACGAAGAUUAUGAAAGUGAUGAGGAGAAAGUUGACAAAAAAGAAUCCAGAAAAAAAAGUGAUAAAGAAGAAUCAGAAGCAGUGGGAAUAAAAAUGAAUGAUGAAGAGCCUGAUAAUAACAUCUGGAAGAAAUCCAAAAUUGAAAAUGAUCAACAUAACAAAAGUGCAUUGAAAAAGUCAUCCACCAAAUAUGAUAAUGCAAUAAAUAAACCAGACUUGAAAAGUUCAAGUGAUAAUUCAAAUGUUAUAGAAAAAGGAAAGAAUAAGGAAAAGGAGGCGAAUAAUAUUACAAAAGGGAAAGAAAUUAAAAGAUCCAAAAAGGGUGAUAAGCAGAAAGCAGAUGAUGAUGUUGGUGAUGACGAGCAAGAUGAUGAAGAAGAUGACAUUGUAAAUAAGGACAAAAAUGAGGACAAAAACGAGGACAAAAACGAGGACAAAAACGAGGACAAAAACGAGGACAAAAACGAGGACAAAAAUGAGGACGAAAAUGAUGAGGAAGAUGACGGGGAAGAUGACGAAGAAGAUGAUGGGGAAGAUGAAGAGGAAGAUGAAGAGGAAGAUGAGGAGGAAGAUGAAGAAGAAGAUGAAAUGAAAGGAUUUAUCGUAGAUAGCGAAGAAGAAGAGGAAGAAAAUGACGAAGAAGGGAAAAAAAAAAAAAAAAAAAAAAAAAAAAAAAAAAAUUAUGACUAUUUUGAAAAUAAAAGUUUAGAUGAAGAAGAUUUAGAAUUAAUAGCAGAAAAUACAGGAAUGCAAGUAAUAAGAAAUGAAAAAGAUACAAAACAUCGAAGAUUAAAAAAAAUUAAAGAUACACUAGAUGAUGACGAUUUUUAUGAGAGCACUUCAAAAAAUGAAGACAAAGAUGAAAAUAAGAUGGAUCGAUUAAAAGACAAGGAUUACUUUAUUGAUGAUAGUGAAACGACACUAAAAAGACAGAAGGGAGAACAGAAAAGCAAUUUGUUCAAUUAUGAAGAAAACCAAUCAAAUGAUAAAGAAAAUGAAAAUGGUGAAGAAGAGGAAGAAGAAGAGGGAUAUCCUGUCACAUCUGAUAAUAUAUACAAAACAGAUUCAUAUAUCCACGAAAUUAUUAGCCAAACGUUUGGAGAUGUAAACGCUGUUUUAGAUAUUAUUAACGUCUCUCCAAUUAAAAAAAAAAAAAAAGAAUAUGAUUACGAAAAUGAUGAAGAUGAGGAAUACUAUGAUGAUGACCACGAAGAUGAUAAUGAGGAGGAUGAUCCAGAAGAUGAUGAUCAAGAACAACGAGAUCGAGAAAGGAAUCGUGAUGGUCAUCUGUUCUCAAGGGAUAUCUUACUAGAUGAUGAGGACGAAGAACACAGUAGAAUUAAGAAAAAGAAGAAAAAGAAAUCUGUCAGUUUUUUCGAUCAAAUUAAUGAGGCAAUGAAAAAGAAGGGAAUGGAAGAAGAUUCUGAUUAUGAGAUAGAUAUAGAUGAGGAAGAAAACGAUAGGUAUGCCCAUGCGGAUGAAGACGAAGAUGGAGAAGACGGAGAAGAUGAAGACGAUGAUGAUGAGGAGGAGGAAGAUGGAGAAGAUGAAGACGAAGACGAAGAUGAAGACGAAGAUGAAGAUGAGGACGAAGAGGAGGACGAAGAGGAGGACGGAGAUGAUGACGACGAUGAAAUUUAUGAAAAAGAGUUUAAGCAAAUAUGCGAUGAAGAAUAUGAUAAAUUUGAAGAAUACGAAGAGUAUGACGAUUUUGACGAAUUCGAUGAACUUCCAUACUAUGAAGAUGCUAUAAGCAAAAGUGAUAAACACACUGAAGGGAAAAAUGAAAAGACGAAAAAGAAAAAGAAAAUUUUAAGUAUAAUGGAUGAAGAUAUAGAAGGGAAGGAAGAAGAAGAAGAAGAAGAAAAUGGAAAAAAUGAAGAAAAUGAAGAAAAUGAAGGAGAAUCAAUAAACUUAUUUGGAGAAGAAGAAACAAAAAAGAUUGAAAAGAGUAGAAAAAAAUUGAAGAAGAAAAAAAAAAAAAAAAAAAAAAAAGGAAGAAGAAAAAAAAGACUAGAUAUAAUAUCCAAUAAAUGGAAAAAAUUUGCAGAACCUGAUGAAACAUUAAACCAACUCUUAACAAGAAAAGAUGAACAAAUUAGAUAUUCAGAUAUCCCAGAAAGAUUUUAUUUUACAUAUAAAAAGAGAAAAUCUAAAUUGACAAAAAAAUUACUACUAAUAGAAUCCAAAUGGAUAAUACACAAAUUGAAAGAAAAAUACACAAAUUAUUUUACCCCAAGAAAUAUGGAAAAAAUGAUGGAAGAAAAUUAUGAUAAUACAUAUAAUCAUAUCAAAGUAAAUGAUUUCUUAAGUGAAAAUUUCUUAUUAAAAAAAUGUAUACUAACAUUGUGUUUGUUAAUAAAAUAUAAAAAUGAAAUUCCAUUUAUUUUCUUUCAUAAAUUUUACUUAAUAUGUCCUCCAUUUAAUUUAAACAUUUUAUGGGAUAUAUAUGAAUUGGACAAAAUAUGGUAUAAAAAUUUUAUCAAAAUAAAUAAAUUAAAAAAUAAACUCAAAAUAUUAAGUGCCUCCUAUAAAAUCCACUCAAGCGUUUUUGACAUUCUCGAUAAAUACAAUGAUAUUUAUUAUGAAGAUGUUAAUAUUUACUACUAUUAUGUUAAAAAUGAUCUAGUUAGUGGCACAAAAGGGGUAGAAGAAGUUACAGGAAAUAGCAACCUCCAAGUUCUUUGCAUUAAAGAUGAUCAGGGAGAUGACCAAGAACAAAUUGAAGAUGUUGACACAGGAAAAAUAAUUCAAAACCGAUUUUUAGGUACCAAUUGUUCUAAUAGAAUAGAUGUGACAAAUUCAAAUAACGAAAAUAAAUAUAAAAAUACUGUUAAUGAUAACGAAGAUGCUGUAGAUGUAGACGAGAAGGAUGAUCUCUUUGGAGAUAAAAUGCUUGAUGAGAACAACAAAAAGAAAAAAUUUGUAAAAAAAAAUAAAAUGGAAAAGAAAAACAUUGAAUCUAAAGGUUAUUAUAAUGAAAAUAGCAUACCAGGAGUACAAUUCCUAGAAUAUGUAAAAAAAAACAAGUUCAACAUAUGGGAUGAAUAUCUACUCACAACAGAAGAAUUUUAUGAAAAUAUUGCUUAUGUAUAUGAUCUCAUAAAGGAUGAAAAUGUUUGGACUGUAGAUGACAUAGAGGAGGAAGAUAACAAAAAUAAUCAUCACCAUUUUCAGGAUGAUUAUAACAAACAUGGGGAUAGCAGAAGUAAGAGAUAUUCAAAACAUGACCAAAAUGUUCUUGAUAACAAAUUGAAGGAUAAAAAAGAAAAGUUAACUUGCUUUAAAUAUAAGUGCACAGAAAUUAAACACAUGGUUACAAAUGUACCCGAAAUUUAUGGAAAUGAUGUAAAUGUCCAAAAUCAGGUAGAAGAUUGGUGUAAAUCAUUCUUUCCCAGAGAAAUAUCAAAUAAUAAAGAAAUUUUUAAAACUCUCAUUUGUUAUUACGCCAAAUUGUUAGCUUCUCACCCAUGUAUAAAAUAUAUUUUUAGAUUUUUCUUCUUCAAAUAUGCAUCUCUCACAACUGUAAGUACUAGUCAAGGUGAACUUCAAAUAGAUAUGAGUAACCCUGAUUACUUCACAUAUCGCUUGUUCAGAUUUCCUGUGUAUCAUUUGUUAACUAUUGAAGAUAGAAAGGGGUUUCUUCAAGGAAAAAGUGGUGGUGGAAAUAUGAAAGGAGGGGAAAUUACAAAAGGAAAAUCGAUUCAGGUAACGCACGAUCCAUGCUACGUACACAAUUAUAACGUUGACUUUUUUAACAAUCAAAUGGAUGAAAGUGAUGUAAGCAUUGAAAUGAAAAAAAGAGAGCUAGAGAACUAUUAUGCUAAACAUAAGUACAAACAUAUAUAUUUGGAAAUAUUAAAAAAUAGGGAUAACAAAUUAUUACAUAUGAUUAUCCAUCCCAUUUUGCCACAUGAAAAUAUACCCUGGAAAAAUGAAGAUUUUAUUGAAAGAGAAAAAUGUAAAAAAAAAAAAAAAAAAAAAAAUGAUAGAGAAUUAAAAACUUUUUUUGAAAAAGAAAAAAAUAAAUUAUCCAAAACUGAAGAGUUAGAUAAUGAAUGGAUAAACAAUAUAUUGCAACAAUUGUCAUAUGCUUAUUGUUACAAUGACUUAGAAGAUAGUAAUCUUUUUGUAUAUGUACAGAAAAAAAUUCUAAAUAAUUUCCUAUGUGUCGAAUUAUUACCUCUCUUUAAAAAAAAUCUAGAAAAUAUGCUUCUAGCAUCUGCACAAAAUUGGCUCAUGGUGUACAUACAUCAGUCCUUUUACUUAACAUUGAAUGUUAGGCCAAUUCAAAUUUAUAAACAUUCAGAGGAAGAAGAAGAAGAAGAAGGGGCAGCAGGAUCAGCAGCAGGAGGAGGAGGAAAGACAAAGGACAAGGCAAAAUUGAAAAACAGAAAGAGGAGCCGAGAUAUAGCCAUCUACGAUCUCAAUAACAAGGAUGAAGACAACUACUCUUCUGACAAUAAGAGCAAAGAUGAUUCCUAUUCGAAAUAUGGUGAUAAUAGAGAUAAGCAUCUUCGGUAUGGUGGGAAAAAGAAAUACUACAGUGAUGAGUCGUACAGCAGUAGUGAUCCUGGAAAGAAGGUUAAUCAGAUGAAAAAAGAUCAGAAGGAAAAAAAAGAAGAGAAAAAAAGUAAAAAGAAAGAAAACAAAUGGUCUGAAACGGACAACCAAAUGAGUAUAGAAACAAAAGAAGAUCAAAAGGAGAAUCUAAAAGGAGAUAAAAAAGGAAACACAAAUUGGGAUAUAAUGGAAGACCAAAAUGGGAAACAUAAAUUGAUGAAACGAUCGAAUAAAUCAGAUCUGUUUGAUUCCUCUCAUUCAACUGAUAGCAAUGAAGCAUACAAAUUGGAAGAAGAAUUGAAAGAAAAAGAAAGUGGUUAUAUGAAAAAUUUAACUUAUGAUGAUAAUUUUUCCGAUAAAUCUGGAAAGAGUUACAUUUCGAACAAACAAGAUGAAGAAAAAAAAAAACAACAAAUUUUAAAAAAUAUUAAAAAAAAUCAUAACGUAUAUGAAGUGGCAUCUAUAGUUUGUGAACCCAUAAACUAUGGAAUCAGACUGCACAUAAUGGCAUGUGAUAUCUAUGGUGAUAUAAUUGAAUACAUCUACCUAGAUAACAUCUAUUUAGAUAUUGCAAAAAAAGAAAAAAUACCUGUGGAACAGGAAAAAAUAACAAAAGAUCUUAACAUAUUUGCCACUUUUUUAAAUAAAAUUAAACCUGACGUUAUAGUUAUAGGUCUUAGAGAUGUUUAUUCUUACAUGGUCUACACAUACAUAUUGAAUUUCAUAAACAAUAACAUGCAAGCAGGAAAUAAUUCAAUUGUUAAUCCUCAUCAUUUUAGUAUUGAUAAUAAGAACAAUGCAAACGAAAUUAAUCCUAGAAACAUCAGCAGCUGUAGCGGUAAGUUCAUUGUCAUUCUUGAAAAUCUAUACAUUCCUAGUAUAGUAACAAACAGUCUGAAGUAUAGUUCUGAUUUAACCAGUAAAUAUUCAAGGGAGGCUCUCCUAUGUUUAUCCUUGUGCCGUUUUGUACAGAACCCGUUAUGCGUUGUUAUAUCACUAUUUGAAGAAGAAAACAAAAACAUGUUCAAUAUUUGCCUGCACGAUUUGCAAAAAUAUAUAUGUAGCUAUAAAUUAGAAUCUCUUUUCCAUAGAAUCAUAAUAGAUGUAGUAAAUAAAACAGGAUGUGACAUCAAUUUUUUAAAAAAAAAAAAAAAACAUUUGGGAGUUAUGCUAAGUUAUGUGGCAGGAUUGGGAUUAAGAAAAAGAGAAGAAUUAAUGAAACUUUUACAUAAUAAAAACUUAAAUACAAGAGAAGAUUUAUUGACUCUAUCUUCGAAUAAAAAUUUUAUAGGAAAAUGUGUUUAUCGAAAUUGUUCUUCAUUUAUUAGAAUUAUAAGCAAUGGAGAUGAAUAUGUAGAAGCGUUAGAUAAUACCAGGAUACACCCCUUAAAUUGUUAUGAUAUUAUUCACGAGUUGUUUAAAAACUCUGUUGAUAAAAAGAAUAACUUUUUAAAAAAUACAAAUACUUACGAUAUUGUGAAUUAUAUUAUUAACAAGAAGAAAUUAAUUAGAAAUAUAGAAAUAAAAGAAUAUUCUAGAAGAUUUUAUGAAGAAAAGAAAAUUUAUAUAUAUCCUUAUCUCAAAUUUAUCAAAAAAGAAUUACUGUACCCGUAUAAGGAUUAUCGAUACAGUUAUGAAAAAAAAAAGGAAGAAGAAUUGUUUUACCUAAUAAUUAAUGAAAAAAAAGAAAAUUUAACUAUAGGAUCAGAAGUGGUGUGUAAAAUGGAUUACAUAAACAAGAAUAAUAACUACAUAAAAAUAACCAUAUUGCCAUACAACAUUAGAGGUAUCAUAAGUGACUCGAAAGAGUUUUUAAGACAGUUAAGGAAAUAUUACAACGAAAGGAUGAAUCUGAUUAAUGCAAAUUUGGAAAAUAUAAAUGCAUUAAACAAAAAUCAUCAUUACAAUCAUAACAGUAAUUUAAAAGAUGCAGAAUAUAUUAACAAUUCUGUAUUGGGAGAACUUAUCAAAGGUCGAAUCACAUCCAUUAGUUACAAUUUACACCACAAAUUUGAAACAAAUUUUCACGUAGUCGUAACAGAUGAUAACAUUAAAAAAAUAAAAAAACAAAUAUUUUUAGAUAACUUAAAACCGCCACUUAAUUAUGAUAAUCUUUCACCACUUGUAGAGUUAGAUAUGUAUUAUCACGAUACUAACAAUUUCAUUAAAAACCAUUUUAAAAAACUGAAUGAUAAUGAAGAUUUUGAAGAUUUCGAUGAAGACGAUGGUGAGGAGGAAGAAGAAGAAGAGCAACAGGAGCAAGGACAUUUGGGAAGCACCAACAAUAGCAAUCGUCAACAAAAAAUGAAAAUGAAAAUUAAGAAUAAAAAUAAAUAUUAUCAAAGUAAAAAAUUUAUAAAUCAUCCCCAUUUCAAAUUAUGGAAUUAUCAUGAAGUACAUGCAUAUCUGAAACAAACGAAUGUUGCUAUUGGAGAGUCUAUUAUAUACCCAUCAAAUGAAAUUAACAAAUUAUAUUUACACAUAAAAACAUCCGAUGAUCCAUUUAUUGUUGCAAAAUUUACCAUCUUUGAAAAAAAUAUUCAACAUAGUAGUAGUAGUGCAACCACCAUCUUAAAUAAACAUAUGCAACAAAUUCAACAAAUAUACCUAAUAAAUAAUGAACAGUUCAAAUCCAUGGAUCAUAUUAUAUCCAUUUUUUGUGAUAAUUUAAAAAAAAAUCUAGUAGAAUUGUAUAACCAUCCUAAAUGUAAAAGAAGAAAAACUGUUGAAGAAGUAAGGAAAGAAUUGUCACAAGAAAGUUUAUUAAAGCCAGAACAUAUUGUAUGGGCACUUAUACCACCAAUUCCCUUGCCUCAGAACAAAAAUAAAAAUGAAAAUGAAAAAAAUUUACUUGCAGAUUUUAACCCUCUAAGAUUUACCCUUAUGGUUAUACCUCCACAUAAUCAUCAUCAACAGUUAUAUUCAAAUCACAAAAAUGACUAUAGACCCAAGGAUCUAAUCGUGCUUCAGGAUUCUAUUUACGUGGAUCAUAAAUCUUUUAAGCUAUGGACGAGAGUAGAACGUAAUUUUAAAAAUCUUAUUAACUGGUGGAAGGAAAAAGGAUAUUGGAAUCGUCAAAAUGAACGCCAGGAAUAUAUGAAUGAGAAGAAGAGGAAAAUGGAGGAAUACAGACGCCUCAGAGGAACAAGAGUUUAA